AUGACUUCAGAAAGAGACUCAGAGACUACAUUUGAGGAGGACUGGCAGCCGAAUGAUGAAGUGGUUCCGUACAGUGAUGAUGAAACAGAAGACGAACUUGAGGACCAGGGGCCAGCUGUGGAGCCAGAACAGAAUCGAAUCAACAGAGAAGCUGAGGAGAACCGGGAACCGUUCAGGAAAGACUGUACAUGGCAAGUCAAAGCAAAUGAUCGAGACUUCCAUGAACAACCUCAUUUUAGGAACACCAAGUUCUUCUGUAUUAAGGAGAGCAAAUAUGCGUCUAACGCCAUUAAAACGUACAAGUACAACGUGUUUACCUUUCUGCCAAUGAAUUUGUUCGAGCAGUUUAAGAGAGCAGCCAAUUUCUAUUUCCUGAUCCUUCUUAUCUUACAGUCGAUCCCUCAGAUCAGUACUCUGGCCUGGUACACCACCUUCGUGCCUUUGCUCUUGGUGCUGGGCAUCACCGCAGUCAAAGACCUGGUGGACGAUGUGGCUGACAUUCUGCUGCUGUCCAGCUCCGAACCUAACAGCCUCUGCUAUGUGGAAACGGCUGAGCUAGAUGGCGUGGAAGUGAUUCGUCUUAUGCAGAGCUACUUCAUAAACUGGGACCUCCAAAUGUACUAUCCCGAGAAGGACACACCUGCCAAGGCCCGGACCACCACACUGAACGAGCAGCUGGGGCAGAUCCAUUACAUUUUCUCUGAUAAGACGGGAACAUUGACUCAAAACAUCAUGACGUUUAAAAAGUGCUGCAUCAACGGGCAAAUCUAUGGAGACCGUCGGGAUGCUUCUCAACACAAUCACAGCAAAAUAGAGCCAGUUGAUUUUAGCUGGAAUACAUUUGCUGAUGGGAAGCUUGCAUUUUAUGAUCAUUAUCUUAUUGAGCAAAUCCAGUCAGGGAAAGAGCCUGAAGUGCGACAGUUCUUUUUCUUGCUUGCAGUUUGCCACACAGUCAUGGUGGAGAGACUCGAUGGUCAGCUCAACUAUCAGGCUGCCUCUCCUGAUGAAGGUGCUCUGGUAAAUGCCGCCAGGAACUUUGGCUUUGCCUUCCUCGCAAGGACGCAAAACACCAUCACCAUCAGUGAGAUGGGGACUGAAAGGACCUACAGUGUUCUUGCCAUCUUAGACUUCAACAGUGACCGGAAACGGAUGUCUAUCAUUGUAAGAACCCCAGAAGGCAAUAUCAGGCUUUACUGUAAAGGUGCAGAUACCGUCAUUUAUGAAAGGUUACAUCAGAUGAAUCCUACAAAACAGGAGACACAGGAUGCCCUGGAUAUCUUUGCAAGUGAGACUCUCAGGACCCUGUGCCUCUGCUAUAAGGAAAUUGAAGAGAAAGAAUUUGCAGAAUGGAAUAAAAAGUUUAUGGCUGCCAGCUUGGCCUCAACCAACCGGGAGGAAGCGCUAGACAAAGUGUAUGAAGAGAUUGAAAAAGACUUAAUUCUGUUGGGAGCUACAGCCAUUGAAGACAAGCUUCAGGAUGGAGUUCCAGAAACCAUUUCAAAACUGGCAAAAGCAGACAUUAAGAUCUGGGUGCUAACUGGAGACAAAAAGGAAACUGCUGAAAAUAUAGGAUUUGCUUGUGAACUUCUGACUGAAGACACCACUAUCUGCUAUGGGGAAGAUAUAAAUUCUCUUCUCCACACAAGGAUGGAAAACCAGAGGAACAGAGGUGGAGUCUAUGCAAAAUUCGCACCCCCGGUGCAUGAACCUUUCUUUCCUUCUGGCGGAAACCGUGCUUUAAUCAUCACUGGUUCUUGGCUGAAUGAAAUUCUUCUAGAGAAAAAGAGCAAGAGAAGUAAGAUUCUGAAACUGAAGUUCCCGAGGACAGAAGAGGAAAGACGGAUGCGGACUCACAGUAAAAGAAGACUUGAGGCUAAGAAAGAGCAGCAGCAGAAGAACUUUGUGGACCUGGCCUGCGAGUGCAGCGCAGUCAUCUGCUGCCGUGUCACGCCCAAGCAGAAGGCCAUGGUGGUGGACCUGGUGAAGAGGUACAAGAAGGCCAUCACGCUGGCGAUUGGAGAUGGGGCCAAUGACGUAAAUAUGAUCAAAACUGCCCACAUUGGUGUUGGAAUAAGUGGACAAGAAGGCAUGCAGGCUGUCAUGUCGAGUGACUUUUCCUUCGCUCAGUUCAGAUACCUGCAGAGAUUGUUACUGGUGCAUGGUCGGUGGUCUUACAUACGGAUGUGCAAGUUCCUACGAUACUUCUUUUAUAAAAACUUUGCAUUUACUUUGGUUCACUUCUGGUACUCCUUCUUCAACGGGUACUCUGCACAGACGGCGUAUGAGGACUGGUUCAUCACCCUCUACAACGUGCUGUACUCCAGCCUUCCCGUCCUCCUCAUGGGCCUGCUGGACCAGGAUGUGAGUGAUAAGCUGAGCCUCCGGUUCCCGGGAUUAUACAUUGUGGGCCAAAGAGACUUACUAUUUAACUACAGGAAGUUCUUCGUAAGCUUGUUGCAUGGAAUCUUAACCUCAAUGAUCCUCUUCUUCAUCCCCCUGGGAGCCUACCUGCAAACCAUGGGGCAGGACGGAGAGGCCCCUUCGGACUACCAGUCUUUCGCUGUCACAGUUGCCUCUGCUCUUAUCAUAACCGUGAAUUUCCAGAUCGGCUUGGAUACCUCCUACUGGACCUUUGUGAAUGCCUUCUCCAUCUUUGGAAGCAUCGCCCUGUACUUUGGCAUCAUGUUUGACUUCCACAGUGCUGGAAUCCACGUUCUCUUUCCUUCUAUGUUUCAAUUCACAGGUGCCGCUUCAAAUGCUCUGAGACAGCCAUAUCUCUGGUUGACCAUCAUCUUGACUGUUGCAGUGUCCUUACUGCCCGUUGUUGCCAUACGUUUCUUGUCAAUGACCAUUUGGCCGUCAGAAAGUGAUAAGAUUCUGAAGCACCGCAAGCGGUUAAAGGCAGAGGAGCAGUGGAAGCGGCGGCAGAACGUGUUCCGCAGGGGAGUGUCCUCGCGGCGCUCGGGCUACGCCUUCUCGCACCAGCGGGGCUACGCGGACCUCAUCUCAUCAGGACGCAGCAUCCGCAAGAAGCGCUCGCCACUGGAGGCAAUAAUAGCGGAUGGGACUGCAGAGUACAGGCGGACUGUGGAGAGCUGA